AUGGCAAAUUAAAGCAAUGAUAGCAUCUUGGACCUGAGAGACAUUUGUAACAAACCCAAGAUUGUCAUUCAUGAUGGUCUUCUCUGGAAAUAUCAAGAUACCCAAUUUUCCAGACCCCCUAUAUCUCAAUACAAUCCGGAAAGUUGUAAAAUUAGCUACACCAUUAAGGAGUAUUCGAUUCAAGGUAAGCUUUUGAACAAGGAUUACAAAAAUAUUAGAAAGAUAUAGCUUAAGCAUGAUAGAAAAUCGUAUUUCGGAUUGCAUUUAAGCUUGAAUUCUAUGGGCAAUAAAGAGGUAGCUGUGUUUGAAGUUAAUCCGAAUUUGAGGAAAUCAAUUAUUCAACUAGACACUGAGAACGAAUGUCCAGAUAUCCCAAUCAUCAAUUUCAUUGAGAAUAAAUAUAGAUAAAUAAUUGAUUAGCCUUAAAUAUGGAUUAUUGAAGUUCAUGAUGUAGAGGAGAUUGAGGAAAAUGAUAAAUUAACUUUAGAAGAGAGGGAGUAAAAGGUUAAAUAAUUGAAACCCUAAGCUACUUAGCUAUUCAAAGAGUAGAAAUACAAGGAAGCCAUUUAAAUCUAUAGGACUAUUCAAUCCAAAAUUGGAUAAAUUCCAAAGGCUCUGAAAAAUACAAUGACCCAAGAAUAGAAGACAUUUUUUUAGAUUGAACUCUCAAGGGUUUAUUCUAAUUAAGCCAUUUGCUAUUUACAAAUGAAUGAAUAUGCAUAAGCCAUAGAUGCAUCAAAAUUAGCUAUAAAUGAAUGGGACCAAAAUUUUAAAGGUAAACAAUUCGAUAUAAACUAUAGCAUAUUGUAUUUAGGCUAAGGUUCAUUUUGAAAGAAAUUAAAAAAGUGAAGCUCUUGAAUAAUUCUAGCAAAUCAUCCAAAAAUUCCCCAAUGAAGAUGUCACAGAAGUAUAAAAGUAUAUAGAUAAAUGUUAACAACCCAAAAAAACCACCAAAAAUGAGCAAUAAUUAUAUAAGAAAAUAUUUGAAAAACUACAAGAUAAAGAUGAGGAUGAAAUAUAAAGAGAAUAGAAAGAGAAAUUUGAGAAGGUAGAAAAGAACAGACAGACUGAAAAAAUCUUAAAUUCAGCCAAAAAUGGGUAGUCCAUUAAUCAUGAAGAAAUUUAAAAAUUAUAAUGAUUUCUU